AUGAACUGGAUACAACCUAUAGGCCGUCUCCUCGACACGUCCGGCUGCACUAUGCUGCUCUACCCUUCGUUCCACCGUACCAUUCGGCGGGCGAACGAGACCGACACCAGCCUUGACUGGCGCUGUCCGGGCCGCCGAGCCACCGUUAUCUAUCGCCGCGGCAGCGUCCUCUACAUUAAAACGAGUCACCUGGCUAGCUACUACGGCAGCGCCGCUGCGAAGGACGUGGUUUGUACCUACCGCGAGGUAAUGAGGAAUCAGAGCUUCGGUGUCAGACAUGAUGGCGGCUACUCUCUGGGACCACUUAGAGGACUGGUCUUUGGAACCGCUUUGACCGAAGAGUUUCUUGCCGUGACCUGCGUGAGAAAGAAGGUGGAGACAAGAAAGCGCCGAACUCGAGGCGAACGACCCGUGAAUGUCCUCGUUCUGGGAAUUGACUCGACGUCACGGCUUAACUUUGACCGCCACAUGAAACGGACGCGCAAGCUCCUAACCGAGGAGCUCUUCGCUUUUGAGUUCCUCGGCUACAAUAAGGUGGGUGAGAGCUCCUUCGGCAACCAGAUUCCGCUGCUCACGGGACUAGCAGGUGAUGACGUGGAAAGGCUAUUUCGCAACUUGACCUUCGACGAGCUGCCGCAUCUGUGGAGCGUGUACAAGAAGCGCGGGUACGCAACGCUGUUUUUAGAAGAAAUGCCGAGCUUUGGUUUAUUUGUGUACCCCGACUUCCAGGGUUUCCGCGAACUGCCUGCCGACUACUACCCUGUGCCUGCAAUGCAUGCAAUGGAAGUUCAUAAAAGACUCGACUACUUCUGA